UUUCGAGGCAAUACUGUAUUCUAUCCUUCUUCUACUAACCGAUGUCACUGCUCAGUCGAGCGUGACAAUUUAUUACCCAAAACAUCGGCUUCUCGCUUUCACGGACCUCUUACUCAUUUUUCGGACCUCUCACUUUGCGGGCGACAUGAACGAAAAGGUGGGGAUAGAGAUUUGCUUAUUUCGAGCCAGCAAACUGUUGCUUAUUACGGAUCAAUACUGUACAAUGUAAUUGAUUUACCAGGUGUGGAUGGCGCUAUUGAUUGCACCCACAUUAGAUUAACAGCAUCCAGGUUCAACAACAUGGAAGAAAUGUACAGAAAUAGAAAAGGAUAUUUUUCAUUGAAUGUUCAGUUGUCGUGGGUUGUCGUAUGGAAUUUUCCGUACAUCCCGAUUACACAUGCGAUAUGUGACGGGAGAAUUAGAUGGAAUCCUUGUCGGGGAUGGUGGAUAUCCAUGUCUGCUUUUUCUCAUGACACCCCUGCAGAAUCCACAGACUGAAGAAGGAAUAAGGUACAAGGAAAUCCAGAUCAGGACCCGACAGAUAGUAGAAAGAGCGUUCGGUGUUUGGAAGCACCGUUUUCCAUGUCUUACAAGGGGUUUAACAACCAAGUUCUUAUGUUCCACAACAACGGUAGUUGCAUGUGCUGUGUUGCAUAAUUUAGCCUUAAUUUUCAAUGACAUUCUUGUAGAAGAAGAUGCAAUUGAAAACCAAAAUGAAGAUGGAGAAGAAUUAUUAGGAAACGUGGAAAAUGUUAAUGGCAUUGAUGGAUUUGCUACACGUGAAGCACUCAUUGUCCGUAUGUUUCAUUGA